GCUAUGCUAAUAAGUGUGGCUGCAACUUAUUGGAAAAAUUUACAUUUCCACCUUUAAAGAAGCCACCUAAUAUUUGCAGAUGUGGUGAGAAGGAUUUUCGGAUCAGGAAAUCAGAUCGUCUGCAGUUGAACUGAAAAGUUUGAGAAGAAGUGAAAGCGUCCUAGUUAACGUUUCCCAUGGUAACGAGCAUGUAAUGGAGCAGAUACCUCUUUGAUACAGCCCAGCCUUGAAUCUGAUCUACACUCUAAAGUUGAAAGAAUGGUGAAAUAUUUUUUCAACGAAACAGACAUUAAAAGCAAGUGGGACCAUGUUUUCUCUGCGUUUUGGCAGAGGUACCCCAAUCCAUUCAGCACUCAUGUUCUCACGGAGGACGUGGUUUUUCGCAAGGUAACCGAGGACCAUCAGCUCGUCACCAGGCGCCUCCUCACCAAGACCAACCGGCUUCCGCGAUGGGCGGAACGAUUUUUCCCCACCAACCUCUCUCGCUCCGUCUACAUCCUCGAAGACUCCGUCGUGGACCCCAUCAACAAGAGACUCACCACAUACACAUGGAAUCUAAACCAUACAACUCUGAUGACGGUGCGGGAACGCUGCGUAUUCCAAGAGUCGGAAAACCGGCCGGCGUGGACGGAGCUGAAACGAGAGGCCUGGAUCUCCUCCGGGGUUUACGGCUUUUCCAGACCCAUCCAGGAGUUUGGGUUGGCGCGCUUUAAAAGCAAUCAGGCCAAAGCCAUGAAGGGAUUGGAGUAUGCACUAGCCAACUUACACGGAGAUGGCCAGCCGUGGCACCUCAGGGACUCGGUGAAGGAUGCAUCUGAGAAGGCAAAAGAGACGGUUCUGGCUGCGUCAGAGAAAGCCAAGCACCUGGCCUCGGCCGCCGCGGCCAGCCCGCAGAAACCCAGCCAGUACGUGUGACGGGCACGCCGCCGCCGUCGAGGGGCGGCACCUACGCCCCCUCUCUCUGACUGGAGCCUUACCGGGAUCAAGCCCCUCUGUUAUUGCGUGUACCCUGGCUUUGUCUACCGUGUCUUACUUCUCUCGCUCUCUCUCUCUCUCUCUCUCUCUCUUUCUUUCUCUUUUGUUUUUCCUCUCUGUAACGUCAUUCUCUCAGGUAAUGUAUCUAUGUGCAGCAACUGGUAGGACAGCUGUAUAUGUUUACAUUUUUUGGCUCUUUCUGCUGCAGGCAUGGGGCCCUGAGGACUAAUCACGCACAGACAGAACGCAUUGUAAAGUUGAAAUACUGAUUGGGGGAAUAAAAUGUAUAUUAAGCUACUUAGUAAAUUCAUGCCGGGGGGAGAAAGCUGGAAUUUGAACUAUAUGCAAGUGAUCUGCACGUUUGUGAAUGAGGUUCACGAAUGGAUAGGGAAUGGAUUUUUUUUUUUUUGGUGACAUUCAUGUCUGACUUGACAUUUCAGAUGACCUUCUGCAUUCCUUUCUUAUGGAAUCUGCUACCAAACACACGCUUUAAACACUUAAUUUUACGCUUUCAGUGGCUCUUUCAGUGAUAGGCUUUAUUGUUAUGGUUUAUUAUUAGAGUGUAAUUGAAAUGAGUUCAAUUCAGUGUUGCCUCAAAUGUUCAUAGUAUUGUACUUUUAAAUUAUGACAUAGCAAGAGUUGUGUCUGAAAUAAAUGUUUUGGACGCACAAGUUAGACAACAGCUUAGAACAAAUACCAUUCAACUGCCUUAAAUGUGUAUUAGAGGUACGUGCAUUGCUUUAAGGUGGUAGAUCCUUGGUGAACACAACGUGACAAAGCAAAAUGUUCAUUUAGUGUGUUAUUCAUAAUGUAUUGUGAAGUACCCAAAUAUUUGUGUCUCUCGGAUGGGGAAUCCUUUGUAGUGCGUAAUGGAAUAUUCUUACUUGGGACUUCAGUUAAGCUCCUGGACUGACUGGCGGCUCUCUGAGCAGAGAUGGGUACACGUAUCCAGUUAUCCGUUCCCAAAGCUGUACUCAAACUUAACCAGAACGAUCUCUCGCAAGAACACCUGUUGAUGUGGCCCGGAGGGUGUUCAAAUCAAGUUUUAUUUAAAUAGCUGCUUAGUCCCGUGUUCAUUAUGUUUUUACUUUUUUUUUUUUCUGCUGGCCUGUACAGUUUCUUUCAAAGUUCAGGAUGAAUCAGGUAGACGCAGACCGCUGCUCAAUUUCACAUCACUCAAAACGAUAUAGAAAAGCACAAACCUGCUGUUACGCUGUCUCAUCCUCCUAGAAGAACUCAUGUCAAUAAAAAGAAAUGUCUAUUUCACUGUC